GGACCGGCAAAGCAGCAGGCAGGGACCAACUAAAGAAGGAGCACUACGAGCUACUCAGCGCGCAGAACAAGAACCUCGUGAGAGAAAAGGUGCGCAGGUAUUGGCGAGAAGGCACCCUAGAGGACGGCGAAGUCGACUCGCUAAUAGUGGUGCUACCAAAACCAGGAAAAGACCACAGCAGCACUGCAGGAUGGAGGCCA